UCUUCAGAAAGGCUCAGUCCCUAGUUUGAGUCAGAGCUAGGGACCAUGCCGUCCCAGGCUCAGGGAUAAAAACCAUCGGGCCCCAGUGCCAUCCAUAUUCCAUCUCCACUCUUCCCUCUACAAAUUGGGACUCAUCCCUGCUGAAAAGCACGGUCUAAGAGCAAGGGAACAAAAAAAAAAACAUGCUUUCACAUAAUACCAUGGUGAAGCAGAGAAAACAGCAAGCAUCAGCCAUCAUGAAGGAAAUCCAUGGAAAUGAUGUAGAUGCCAUGCACCUGGGCAAAAAAGUCAGCAUCCCCAGAGACAUCAUGUUGGAAGAAUUAUCCCAUCUCAGUAACCGUGGCGCCAGACUAUUUAAGAUGCGACAAAGAAGAUCUGAUAAAUACACAUUUGAAAACUUCCAGUAUGAAUCUAAAGCACAAAUAAAUCACAACAUUGCCAUGCAGAAUGGGAAACUGGAUGGAAGCAACUUGGAAGGUGGCUCACAACAAGCCCCAUUUACCCCUCCCAACACUCCGGAUCCACGAAGUCCCCCAAAUCCAGAAAACAUUGCACCAGGAUAUUCUGGACCACUGAAGGAAAUUCCUCCUGAAAAGUUCAACACCACAGCUGUCCCUAAGUACUAUCAGUCGCCCUGGGAACAGGCCAUUAGUGAUGAUCCGGAGCUUUUAGAGGCUUUAUACCCUAAAUUUUUAAAGCCUGAAGAAAAGGUAGAACUGCCUGAUUACAGAAGCUUUAACAGAGUUGCCACCCCAUUUGGAGGUUUUGAAAAAGCAUCAAAAAUGGUUAAAUUCAAGGUUCCAGAUUUUGAGCUACUACUUCUAACAGAUCCCAGGUUUAUGGCUUUUGCCAAUCCUCUUUCUGGUAGACGGUCCUUUAAUAGGACUCCAAAGGGAUGGAUAUCAGAGAAUAUUCCUAUAGUGAUAACAACUGAGCCUACAGAGGAUACCACUGUACCAGAAACAGAAGACCUAUGAAAAAAAGUUGUAUGUGCCACAAAACCUUCUAAAUAUAAAUGUUGCUGUUUCAUUAUUCUACUUACUGGCAAUAUCACUUACACUCUUCAUUAGUAACAAUAAUUUAAUAGCAAUUUAGCAAUUUUCCUUUGAUUGCAUUUAAAUUAAAUCUCAGAUCAAACACUAAUAAACAAUUUGAAAUCUUGUUUUAAAAA